AUGAUCGAACUGAGCAGUCACCAUACUGGCACCUUGUUGUCCACAUCACAGUACUGGCACCUUGUUGUCCACAGCACCAUACUGGCACCUUGUUGUCCACAGCACCAUACUGGCACCUUGUUGUCCACAGCACCAUACUGGCACCUUGUUGUCCACAUCACAAUACUGGCACCUUGUCGCCCACAACAAAAUACUGGCACCUUGUCGCCCACAUCACAGUCCUGGCACCUUGUUGUCCACAUCACAAAACAGGCACCUUGUUGUCCACAUCACAAUACUGGCACCUUGUCGCCCACAACAAAAUACUGGCACCUUGUCGCCCACAUCACAGUCCUGGCACCUUGUUGUCCACAUCACCAUACUGGCACCUUCUCGCCCACAUCACAGUACUGGCACCUUGUUGUCCACAUCACCUACAGACACCUUGUUGUCCACAUCACCAUACUGGCACCUUGUUGUCCACAUCACAGUACUGGCACCUUGUCGCCCACAACAAAAUAUUGGCACCUUGUCGCCCACAUCACAGUCCUGGCACCUUGUUGUCCACAUCACCUACAGACACCUUGUUGUCCACAUCACAAAACAGGCACCUUGUUGUCCACAUCACAAAACAGGCACCUUGUUGUCCACAUCACAAAGCAGGCACCUUGUUGUCCACAUCACAAAACAGGCACCUUGUUGUCCACAUCACAAAACAGGCACCUUGUUGUCCACAUCACAAAACAGGCACCUUGUUGUCCACAUCACAAUACAGGCACCUUGUUGUCCACAUCACAAUACAGACACCUUGUUGUCCACAUCACAAAACAGGCACCUUGUUGUCCACAUCACAAAGCAGGCACCUUGUUGUCCACAUCACAAAACAGGCACCUUGUUGUCCACAUCACAAAACAGGCACCUUGUUGUCCACAUCACAAUACAGGCACCUUGUUGUCCACAUCACAGUACUGGCACCUUGUUGUCCAUAUCACCAUACUGGCACCUUCUCGCCCACAUCACAGUACUGGCACCUUGUUGUCCACAUCACCUACAGGCACCUUGUUGUCCACAUCACAAAACAGGCACCUUGUUGCCCACAUCACAAAACAGGCACCUUGUUGUCCACAUCACAGUACUGGCACCUUGUCGCCCACAUCACAAAACAGGCACCUUGUUGUCCACAUCACAAAACAGGCACCUUGUUGUCCACAUCACAAAACAGGCACCUUGUUGUCCACAUCACAAAACAGGCACCUUGUUGUCCACAUCACAGUACUGGCACCUUGUUGUCCACAUCACAAUACAGGCACCUUGUUGUCCACAUCACAGUACUGGCACCUUGUUUUCCACAUCACAGUACUGGCACCUUGUUGUCCACAUCACAAUACAGGCACCUUGUUGUCCACAUCACAAUACAGGCACCUUGUUGUCCACAUCACAAUACAGGCACCUUGUUGUCCACAUCACAAUACAGGCACCUUGUUGUCCACAUCACAGUACUGGCACCUUGUUGUCCACAUCACAAUACAGGCACCUUGUUGUCCACAUCACAAUACAGGCACCUUGUUGUCCACAUCACAGUACUGGCACCUUGUUGUCCACAUCACAAAACAGGCACCUUGUUGUCCACAUCACAAUACAGGCACCUUGUUGUCCACAUCACAGUACUGGCACCUUGUUACCCACAUCACAAUACUAACAUCUUGUCGCCCACAUCACAGUACUGGCACCUUGUUGUCCACAUCACAAUACAGGCACCUUGUUGUCCACAUCACAGUACUGGCACCUUGUUUUCUACAUCACAGUACUGGCACCUUGUUGUCCACAUCACAAAACAGGCACCUUGUUGUCCACAUCACAAUACAGGCACCUUGUUGUCCACAUCACAAUACAGGCACCUUGUUGUCCACAUCACAAUACAGGCACCUUGUUGUCCACAUCACAGUACUGGCACCUUGUUGUCCACAUCACAAUACAGGCACCUUGUUGUCCACAUCACAAUACAGGAACCUUGUUGUCCACAUCACAGUACUGGCACCUUGUUGUCCACAUCACAAAACAGGCACCUUGUUGUCCACAUCACAAUACAGGCACCUUGUUGUCCACAUCACAGUACUGGCACCUUGUUGUCCACAUCACAAUACAGGCACCUUGUUGUCCACAUCACAAUACAGGAACCUUGUUGUCCACAUCACAGUACUGGCACCUUGUUGUCCACAUCACAAAACAGGCACCUUGUUGUCCACAUCACAAUACAGGCACCUUGUUGUCCACAUCACAGUACUGGCAUCUUGUUGUCCACGUCACAAUACAGGCACCUUGUUGUCCACAUCACAGUACUGGCACCUUGUUGUCCACAUCACAAAACAGGCACCUUGUUGUCCACAUCACAGUACUGGCAUCUUGUUGUCCACGUCACAAUACAGGCACCAUGUUGUCCACAUCACAAUACAGGCACCUUGUUGUCCACAUCACAGUACAGGCACCUUGUUGUCCACAUCAAAAUACAGGCACCUUGUUGUCCACAUCACAGUACUGGCAUCUUGUUGUCCACGUCACAAUACAGGCACCUUGUUGUCCACAUCACAAUACUGGCACCUUGUUGUCCACAUCACAAAACAGGCACCUUGUUGUCCACAUCACAGUACUGGCAUCUUGUUGUCCACGUCACAAUACAGGCACCCUGUUGUCCACAUCACAAAACAGGCACCUUGUUGUCCACAUCACAGUACUGGCAUCUUGUUGUCCACGUCACAAUACAGGCACCUUGUUGUCCACAUCACAAUACAGGCACCUUGUUGUCCACAUCACAGUACAGGCACCUUGUCGCCCACAUCAAAAUACAGGCACCUUGUUGUCCACAUCACAAAACAGGCACCUUGUUGUCCACAUCACAAAACAGGCACCUUGUUGUCCACAUCACAGUACUGGCAUCUUGUUGUCCACGUCACAAUACAGGCACCUUGUUGUCCACAUCACAGUACUGGCACCUUGUUGUCCACAUCACAAAACAGGCACCUUGUUGUCCACAUCACAGUACUGGCACCUUGUUGUCCACAUCACAGUACUGGCACCUUGUUGUCCACAUCACAAAACAGGCAUCUUGUUGUCCACAUCACAAUACAGGCACCUUGUUGCCCACAUCACAGUACUGGCACCUUGUUGUCCACAUCACAGUGGUCAAGUGGAGACGACACUGCAAAUAUCUUUCUAGUCAAUCAGCGACAUAUCAACGCCUUCAUCAUUCUUAGUUUCCAAGAGCUUCGACCUUGA